ACAAGAUGUAAUCUACCUUCGCCAUGGAAAAUGAGCUAACAACGAUAUAUCUACCGUAUGAGGACUAUUUGAAUGCUUGUAAGGGUGAAUUAAGGAGAGUAUUAGUCGGAUGGAACGUCCCUUCAUUAAAGUCAAUUGUCGUUGUGACAUCGUAUUCCUCUUCCCAGUUAUACACAUUAAAUUGGGCUCUACGAGAAUUGUCUAAGGCACCUUAUAUGCAGAACACCUUCCAUAGACAUGGGCAUUUAUCUGUUUUGGACAUUUCAUUACACAGAGGUGGAGAUCAAGUGGUUUUAAAAAGCUCGUUUUCUAAUGAUUCCAAUGUACAAUUGGUGAGGUACCGUAGAAACGACUUUAAAGUGGUUUCUUACGAUGAGUUGUAUACGGUCCUUAAAAACAAAUACAAGCAUUCUAACGCUGGUGACAAUGGCGAACAAGAUGAAUCAAACAUUUGCAGCUACUUUAUCGUUGGUUGCGCUUUGGUCGAGUGUUUAGACGACAUGAUUUACAACACUUUGACAACCACUGGGCGUUUGAGGAAAAGUGACUCUGGAACACGUCAUUCUGUGGCAGAUAAUCACAACUACAGUUAUUUCAAGUUCAAAAAUAUGUUGUACACCGCGAUAGUACAGGCGGUGGUUUACUUAUCGGUAACUGCUCAGUCGAUUCUUUCGGGAUGUAUGAAACUAUAUCAUCCAAGACUUCGGCGGUUUAUACACCACUUGACUGUGGUUACUCUGUUGCAUACCAAAUUGUCGCAAAUUGCAGAGUGGGAUAAAUUGUAUAAGCUCAUGGAACAUCAAACAGACAUGAUUGAGUAUGUACGUCUCAAGCACCAAGUUCGCCAAAGCGUGUGGUCAGUAUCAAUUGAUGCGGUAUUUGGCAUUAUUGAGUUUUUGUUUUUUCGCCAUCUAAUAAUUUAUGGUGUAAAUGUAUUACGCCUGUAUUCUCGUGCAUUAUACAUAUCAGGUGUGAAAUACGUAUCAUAUAACUUUGCCAUGAGAAUCGGAAAGUACUGUAAAUUGAAUGAUGAAGUGGCUGUGUUUCUUUCUAGGCUAAUUAUUAGUAUGCUCAUGGUAUGGCGUACAAUUAUACCGAAGCUGGAGCAAAAUUUUUACCUUCUAACUAAACUGUUUGAGUAUGCCGCUCUGUUUGGUGUGACAUACCAGAUGGCUAUCCUACUGGAUAUUGUGAGCGUCGAGACACUCCACACGACCUAUGCUCACUGCAUAUUGCUGUACAUCACAAAGUGGAUGCAGCGCUACAAGUUUUCGCUUUUACAGUUGUUUAAGGGUAAGAAGUGGAAUGAACUGAAGCAGGCGUUGGAUUCCAAUGAAUAUACACGAGAGCAGUUAUUCCUGGGCACUGUGAUCUUUACCUUGAUACUACUUAUCUACCCAACUAUAUGGGUGUUUUAUUGUAUCACUUUGGUGGUAUAUUUGCCUGUAUUCUUCAUGCGUGCAGUGGUCAAGUGUUUAAUCCAGGUGAUGACAAAGAUUCCCUUUUACUACCUUAUUUAUAAUUUAAUAUUCCCGAGCAGCUACAAAGAAUCGAUAUACUUUGCUCAUAAGUUUUGCUGGGAUAAAUCAAAAAAGGUAAUAGAAGGGACAGAAGAAAGGACAACCAAGAACAGCAAUACAAUUGUCCUCAAGGAUUCCCACGAAUUUGAGAUAGAGUGCCCACCUUUCUCUACUAGCACGCUAUUACAACCGCUUAUACACACUAUAAAGUCUUGCAAGGGAUAUCUAUACUUUUGGCGCGUUAUUUGAUGCGACCACUUAACCAAGUGUGUGGUACACAA